CCAUGCCCUCUUUGUCUCUCCAGGGUUCCAAUGCAGUUUCCUCAGCUCUUGGGGCCUGUUUGCUGCUCCGGGUGAUGGCACGUUUGGAGCCUGAUGCUGAGGAGGCAGCACGGAGGAAAGACCUGGCGAUCAAGUUUGAGGGGAUGGGUGUUGACCUCUUUGGUGAGUGCUAUCACAGCAGUGAGGUAAGGGCUGCCCGCCUCCUCCUCCGUCGCUGCCCGCUCUGGGGGGAUGCCACUUGCCUGCAGCUGGCCAUGCAAGCUGACGGCCCGUGCCUUCUUUGCCCAGGAUGGAGGGUUACACAGUCUCUGCUGACACGAAAGUGGUGGGAGAUAUGGCAGCACUACACACAUCUGGGGCCCUGGUUCUUGCUUCUGUUUGCCCCCCCACUCAUCUGCACCCGCCUCAUCACCUUCAGGAAAUCAGAAGAGGAGCACACACGGGAGGAGCUAGAGUUCGACAUGGAUAGUGCCGUUAACGGAGAAGGGCCUGUUGGGACGGCGGACCCCGCGGAGAAGACGCCGCUGGGGGUCCCGCGCCAGCCCGGCCGCCGGGAUUGCUGCGGGGGCUACUGCGGGGGCCACUGGUGCCUACGCCGCUGGUUCCACUUCUGGGGAGCGCCGGUGACCGUCUUCAUGGGCAACGUGGUCAGCUACCUGCUGUUCCUGCUGCUGUUCGCGCGGGUGCUGCUCGUGGAUUUCCAGCCGGCGCCACCCGGCGCCCUGGAGCUGCUGCUCUACUUCUGGGCGUUCACACUGCUGUGCGAGGAGCUGCGCCAGGGCCUGAGCGGAGGCGGGGGCAGCUUGGCCAGCGGGGGCCCCGGGCCCGGCCAUGCCUCACUGAGCCAGCGCCUGUGCCUCUACCUCGCCGACAGCUGGAACCAGUGCGACCUAGUGGCCCUCACCUGCUUCCUCCUGGGCGUGGGCUGCCGGCUGACCCCGGGUUUGUACCACCUGGGCCGCACCGUCCUCUGCAUUGACUUCAUGGUUUUUACGGUGCGGCUGCUGCACAUCUUCACGGUCAACAAACAGCUGGGGCCCAAGAUCGUCAUCGUGAACAAGAUGAUGAAGGACGUGUUCUUCUUCCUCUUCUUCCUCGGCGUGUGGCUGGUGGCCUAUGGCGUGGCCACGGAGGGGCUCCUAAGGCCACGGAACAGUGACCUCCCAAGUAUCCUGCGCCGCGUCUUCUACCGUCCUUACCUGCAGAUCUUCGGGCAGAUCCCCCAGGAGGACAUGGACGUGGCCCUCAUGGAGCACAGCAACUGCUCGUCGGAGCCCGGCUUCUGGGCACACCCUCCCCGGACCCAGGCGGGUGUCUGUGUCUCCCAGUAUGCCAACUGGCUGGUGGUGCUGCUCCUCGUCAUCUUCCUGCUCGUGGCCAACAUCCUGCUGGUCAAUUUGCUCAUCGCCAUGUUCAGCUACACGUUCGGCAAAGUACAGGGCAACAGCGAUCUCUACUGGAAGGCGCAGCGCUACCGCCUCAUCCGGGAAUUCCACUCUCGGCCCACGCUGGCCCCGCCCUUUAUCGUCAUCUCCCACUUGCGCCUCCUGCUCAGGCAAUUGUGCAGGCGCCCCCGGAGCCCCCAGCCGUCCUCCCCGACCCUCGAGCAUUUCCUGGUCUGCCUUUCUAAGGAAGCCGAGCGGAAGCUGCUAACGUGGGAAUCGGUGCAUAAGGAGAACUUCCUGCUGGCACGCGCUAGGGACAAGCGGGAGAGCGACUCCGAGCGUCUGAAGCGCACGUCCCAGAAGGUGGACAUGGCACUGAAACAGCUGGGACACAUCCGCGAGUACGAACAGCGCCUGAAAGUGCUGGAGCGGGAGAUCCAGCACUGUAGCCGCGUCCUCGGGUGGGUGGCCGAGGCCCUGAGCCGCUCUGCCUUGCUGCCCCCAGGUGGGCCGCCACCCCCUGACCUCCCUGGGCCCAAAGACUGAGCCCUGCUGGCAGACUUCAAGGAGAAGCCCCCACAGGGGAUUUUGCUCCUAGAGUAAGGCUCAUCUGGGCCUCGGCCCCCGCACCUGGUGGCCUUGUCCUUGAGGUGAGCCCCGUGCCCAUCUGGGCCACUGUUGGGACCACCUUUGGGAGUGUCAUCCGUACAAACCACAGCAUGCCCGGUUCCUCCCAGAACCAGCCCCAGCCUGGGAGGAUCAAGUCCUGGAGCCCGGGCCAUUAUCCCUCUGGGGACUCCGCCACAACAGGGGAGAAUGGAGGGUCCUUGGGGUAACAGGGACCACAGACCCCUCACCACUCACAGAUUCCUCACACUGGGGAAAUAAAGCCAUUUGAGAGGAA